AUGGACGGGCCUCGGCGAAGGAGCAGCUCGCCAGCGCGAGGCAGUCGCUUAGCAUAUCAAAGUAGAUGCAGUCCAGACUCGGAGCGUGCUGGGCCGAGCUCGCGACGAGCCAGUUAUACAUGGCGGGCACGUCGAUCCGGCUCGCGGAGCCCGAUUCGCCGUCCUGAUGACCGGACACCCCGUCCGCGUCGAUUUCGCUCGCCGAGCCCGACUCGCCGCCCUGAUGACCGGGAAUCCCGUCCGCGUCGAUUCCGCUCGCGCAGCCCACCACGCCGCCCUGAUGACCGUGAUACCCACCCUCGCCGACCAGGCUCUCGCAGCCCAACUCGCCGCCGUGACGAUCCGCCUCGACCAGGCUCUCGCAGCCCAACUCGCCGUCGUGAUAACCCUAACCCGCCUCGACCAGGCUCUCGCAGCCCACCUCGCCGCCGCAAUGACCAGGAUGCUCGUCCCCGCCAGCCAGGCUCGCGCAAACCAGCUUCUGCAAAAGCUUUUGGCAAACCCCCGAGCAAAAAGAAAAAGCCGCUAACUCAGCCAGGCGGCUCUGAACGUGGAAAAAAAAUGACUGCCACCUUGCCAGCCAAGUCAGCAGUAGCGGCUGCCCCCAAUGAGCUGGCCUCUAAAAGCAUCCAGGCCCUUAGCUGGGACCUGGACCAAGAAAGAAUCGGGUCUCCUAUCAGCCGAGCAAAUGGAAAACCCUGCGAGCGCUGCGAGCGACAACCUCGAUGUUUUGGGCUUUUCGACCCUUGCGGCCACACAUAUUGCCUCCCCUGUGCUACUGACAUCAAUGAGUUGUUGGAGAGUGAUUUUUGUGGCUGCCCCAUCCGCCGCACCUUGUACCUGGACAGGCUGACCGCUAAAAAACCGAAUAACUUGCGCCGAGCCCUUAACCUCACGCGCGCUCCUCAUUUGGACAUGCACCUUGAGCUCGCCGUCGCUCGGCCACAUUCGACGAAUAGCCGUGAAGGACGUGGGGCUGCCAAGUCAAAGCUUGAGGAAGGUGGCCAAUCGCCCCAGAUUCCUGGCACACCGCAGGCCAUGCACAACUCGCUAGCGCCCCAAACACAAGUUUGGACUGCGCCCCCCCGCGACCCUCGUCGGCAGCAAGCAAGCGGUCCAAUCGCCCCUCCGCCCGUACAAUAA